AUGGCUGCAACACAGCCAACCAUUCUCCAAGUGGCCUUGGUCGUCUGUCUGCUAAGCUCCGCCCACGGCUUCCAACCUCUCCUCUCAUUUGACGGGAAGUCCGCCACUCACCGUGAUAUCACACAGCGGGCCAUCCUCAGGAAGACGGCCGAGGUCUGCCAGUUCCUCGCUGCAGCAGAAGGGCGGGACUUUAGCCUGGAGAUCAAUGACAGACUCACAGUGUUCGAGGUCCAGAAGGCCUGCUCCACUACUGGGACCUCCACGUCACUCAUCUCAACCAUCAUGUUCCAGUCUUCCAUAGUCAGGAUGUAUUUCAGCAACGCGGCAGUGGACAUCAUAUUGGCGCUGAGUGAAGAGCACCACUUCGAUGACGAGACCUUCCAGGGAGGACGAGAUGUCAUCACAGCUGGAGUGUCUGCUGUGAAGGCCAGCGUGAAGAGGGAGAACUUUGUUUCAGGAAGACUGAUCCUGGGACAAGUCUGUCACACCCUACAGGACUUCUACAGCCACAGUAAUUGGGUGGAGAUGGGAAAGAAGGCACCCUACAGUUUGCUCAUCCAACCUGACCAACCUCUGGAAAACCUGGCAGGCCCAAGUACUCCAACCUGUAGGAACUGUAUAGGAGAGGAUUGCACCGACAACCUCCUUCCAGAGUUGUUGCAACAGGGACUUCUCACUUCCGGAUAUUUCAACAUCUUCUCCUCAGCAAAGCCCACAGGUAAAUGCAGUCAUGGUGGUUCAGCUGACAGGACCAGUAAGCAGGAGCCCGUGGGGGGCAUCAAUAAGGAUGCUGUAGGGUCUAGUCAUGGCCACCUUCACCAGUCAGCAGCCAACCUGGCAGUGAAUGCCACCAUGGAGCUUCUGGAGGACAUCAGAAGCGCUGUAGGAGAAAAAGAUUUUCUGCGCUUGAUGGGCCUCUCCCAGUCCUCUGUGUUGUGUUUUGUCAUUGACACGACAGGAAGUAUGAGUGACGACAUUGCUGAGGCGAAGCGAGUCUCCUUCUCCAUCAUUGACAGUAGGAGGGGAACCCAGCAGGAACCCUCGGCCUACAUAUUGGUCCCUUUCAACGACCCAGACUUUGGACCUCUGAUCACGACAAGCAACGCAGACGUCUUCAAAGACCGGAUCAACGAGCUGUCCGCCAAAGGAGGAGGAGAUCUGCCCGAGAUGUGCUUGUCAGGACUGCAGCUUGCUCUGACGGCGGCUCCGAGCUCCUCUGACAUCUUUGUCUUCACUGAUGCUGCGGCCAAAGACGCUCAUCUGAAAAGCACCAUCACCGCACUCAUCGAGAGCACCCAGUCUGUGGUGACAUUCCUGUUGACGGAUGUCCUGUCCCGUCGGAACCGCAGAGAAAGUAAGCUUCCUACCCCUCGUGCAUUGGCCCAAGCAGAUGCCCAGCUGUACCGAGACCUUGCCGAGGUGUCUGGGGGUCAGGCCAUUGAGGUCACAAAGGCAGACCUUGCAUUGGCCACUGCAGUGAUAGAGGAUUCCUCUGCGACUGCUGUGGUGACCGUGUACCAUGCGGCGGUGAACCCCGGCAAGCCCGCUAACUUCACCUUCACCGUCGAUGGAACCAUGAGGAACCUGACCGUCUACAUCACAGGGAGCUCCUCCCUCUCCUCCACUCUAACCGCUCCUACAGGUGUGUCUCAGAGCUCCAGCCAGUCAAGUGGGCCCUUGGGAUCUUUCUCCACAGUGGGCAACCUGCAUCGCCUCAGCCUUAGCGCCGACAACCAAACGGGAUCAUGGGGCGUCAGCGUUAACUCUGAUGACCCCUAUUCUCUCAAGGUCAUAGCACAAAGUCCUGUGAACUUCCUCUUUAACAUUGUGGAAGCACACGAGGGAGCCCACGGGGACUUCAGUCUGAAAGAGGGGCGUCCUCUCACAGGAGGUAAUGUCAGCUUAUGGGUUACUGUAACAGGAAGUAACACGACAGCGGUCACAGAGGCCACACUGGUGGAAAGCUCAGGGUCACCAGAGGUCAAUGGAUCAGUCCAGUCACUGGGCGGUGGAAGUUUCCUGGUCACAUUCUACAGUGUCCCGGAGGGCGAGUUCGUGUUGCGUCUAACAGGAGAAGACAGCGCCACCUCCAGGUCCACAAAAGCACGCAGCACUUUCCAGAGGCAGGCCUCCACCCGGAUCAAGAGCUCAAGCAUCUCCGUCACUGUCCAAGACAACAGCACAACAAUAGAGCCAGGCUCCACCAUCUAUGUCACUUUCACUGUCACGAUUACUGCUGAUGGAAUCGUCAAUGACACUGCAAGUGGGAUAUUCACGAUUCAGGCCACCAAUGAUCAAAACUACGGCUCCACUAUGCCCACCACCGUCUCCAUAGCGGAAGGCAAAGCCAACGGCACUAUAACAUUGACGGCUCCGUCCACUGCAGCAUCCGGAACAGUUGUGACCCUUACCAUUGAGGCAAAAAAUCAGGCUGGAGGUGACUCCAACUAUGCCAUCCGCAGACUCUUUGUGGACUCCAAGGUGAAAGAUGUCACACGCCCGGUGUGCAACGUAGUCUCUACAUCAGGAACUUGUCCCUCCUCUUCAUCCCGAUGUGGCUCAGCCGUGUGGACAUUUGUCGCUAAUUUGACUGAUGGCAUCAACGGCACGGGAAUUGAAAGGGUCACCCUCCGCAAAGGGAAUGGCACUUUAAACACAAGCACGGCAGUCGGCACAGGAAAUGAGACUAUCCUCCUUGCAACCUACACUGCUUCCUGUUGUUUGCAGAAUGUAGAGCUGCUGAUUGUGGACAAAGCUGGAAAUGCGAGGACAUGCGUGGGACAAGCCAAAACCGCUGUGACCUCCUCGGCUGCCCCUGUGACUACCUCGACUGCCCCUGUGACUACCUCGGCUGCCCCUGUGACUACGACAAAUGUCACAUCUGGUGGGGGGCAAACUAUGACGCUGUCACGAUGUCUCUGGAUCACCGUCAUGGCUUCUCUCCUCUGGAUGGGAACAGGCUAA